AUGGGAUACGCAUCUGCGAUCCUCCCUCUUCUCUUCCCCGCCCUGAUCCUCCUCCACCUGCUUGUCGCUCCAUACACCAAAGUCGAGGAGUCCUUCCACGUCCAGGCCGUGCAUGACAUCCUGGCCAACGGGCUCCCAACGAGCUUUAAUGACUCGACCCUAGAUCGCAUCAAUUAUGACCACUUUUCUUUCCCGGGCGCAGUGCCUCGGAGCGCCCUUGGUGCGGCGGCACUCGCUAUGCUCUCGAAGCCCGUCAUCUGGUUGAAUGAGGGGAUCAACCAACAGCUACUAGCUCGGGCUGUUCUUGGUCUACUCAAUGCCUCUGCUCUGGCAGCUUAUGCUAGCGGCCUGCGACGCAGCUUCGGCCAACUAGUAGCUAUCUGGUAUAUCCUAUUCCAGGCAAGCCAGUUCCACAUGAUAUACUAUGCCUCGAGACCGUUAUCAAACAUGUUCGCUUUCAGCAUAGCAACGCUAGCAAUGCGCCUGCUCCUCCCUAGUCCUCGGUCAACAAUCCAAGACCGAAAACAAUGCAGCCUUGCACUGAUCCUCCUCACGAUCGUUGGCGUCGUGUUCCGCUCCGAGCUAGCCCUCCUAAUCGGAACACAGACUCUAUUUCUCCUGGCAACACGGCGAAUCGGUCUCAAAGACGCUAUCUUCGCCGGUCUCAUCGGACUCACCACAGGUCUCGUCCUCACAGUUACCAUUGACGGCUUCUUCUGGCAGCGCUUCCCACUCUGGGCCGAAUUCGAAGCCUUCCGCUUCAACGUUCUCGCAGGCCAGUCCUCAGAAUGGGGAACAGAACCUUGGUCAUUCUAUUUCUUCAACGCUCUCCCUCGUCUCCUCUUCAACCCUCUGUCCUACCUACUCGCCAUCCCCGUUGCCCUGCGCCAACCAGCCACGCGAUCCCCCGCGCUAGCACUUCUAGUCCCGGCGCUCUCCUUCGUCGCGCUGUAUAGCUUCCAACCUCACAAGGAGUGGCGCUUUAUCGUCUACAUCAUCCCCUCGCUCACGGCAACCGCAGCUCUCGGCGCCGCAUAUCUCUGGACGCACCGUUCACGCUCUCUCUUUGCCCGUCUAGCCACUCGUGCCCUGGCCCUAUCAACACUCGCAGUAUUCUGUCUAUCGAAUCUCGUUCUCCUCCCUGCAUCAGCGGCGAACUACCCAGGUGGACAGGCUCUCGAUGCCCUACACCACCAACACGCCAUCAUGUACAACGCAACCGACUUGCACUCCAAGCCCGAAUCUCCUAUCAACGUCUACUUCGGAAACCUCGCCUGCCAGACAGGUGUAACACGUUUCCUGCAACAACACCCCUCGUCGGGGUGGGUAUAUGACAAAACCGAAGACAAGGCAACCAAAUCCACAACCGAGUUCUGGGACCAAUUCGACUAUGUCAUCGUCGAGACAUCGUCAGAUGCGGGGGUCAUGGAUCCAGAUGAACUGAGUCUCAGACACGCACUCCCUGAUUCCACAUGGGAGAAGGUGCAUGUGGUAGAUGCGUUUGCGGGCAUUUCUGUUCUGAAACCCGGCGCCCCUGCCAAGGCAAUUGCCGAGAAACGUCUUAUUGGCGCUAUUGCUGGUGCGCGUGCUGUUGAUUUAUUCGAGGACGUGCGCGAGCAUGUGAGAAGCUCUUGGUUGCGGGGGUGGUGGAUUGAGGUGAAGAUGAAGCCGAGGGUUCAGGUGUUGAAGCGGGCGAGGGACAUCCCCAAUGUCUAG